AGCCUCAUUUGUCAAAAAUUCCAACCAAUUUAACCUCAAUCUCGCACUAACACAACUACACAAUGAUUAGUCCAUUGAGUUCUUUGUGACUGGUCUCACGAACACUAAUGAAGUUUCCUGGUUGAAAACAAUCCCAUUUAAUUUUGCCGUCUUUGUUUAUUAUUUUCCACCAGCUUGUGAUGUAGUAUUUGUGACAUGUGGCGUGUACGUACAUGAGCCGUAGAAAAGCCUAUUGCGUCACUUUCGACCUUCGACAAUUUUCACUGGAUCCACAGAAUUUCAAACGCUUCCUCGCUCCAAAACCUGUCGGCAAAACGAGCAGGUGGAACAAGACAGCGUACACAUACACAGUGUAAUGGGUUUCGGAGUAAGGUUGAUGAAUUGAAAACACGCAAGCUAACGUUACAGUAAUUUAAUCACAGGUAAUACUGCAAUGUAUUAACGCGGUAAACAUACUAUUUAGAUUGUUGUUGAUGUAGAAAUAAACUUCGAGGGGUCGUGCGAUGCACUAAGCAUUUCUAUAAGCUGGGGGUAGGUGGAUGCACAACACACAGUAAUCGACUUCAACACAGUAAAAAGCUUCUGGGUACUGGAUUUCUUCCGAUAUUUUAAUGAUUUGACAUGGAUUGAAUAGCCCCGAUUUAUCAAACUAUGGAUUGCAAAACGUUCAAUAAUUGACCACCUCCAGUUUAACAAAAAACGGUACACAACAAUCCUUUACACGUUUUCAUCUAUCCUCAUUUUCUAACAUGUCUAUUCUUUCUGUACUCAACUGUUUCGUCUUUCUAGUCAAAGUUUUGUUUUCUUCUUUAUCUGUUCCGGUCUAAAUUCUUGUUUAGUUUUAGUUCCAGCGGUGUCCACAUGUAGAUAAAUACUCACGGCCAUUUCUAGUCGCAUGUUUGCUACAUCCAGCUCUCCCUCUUCUUCUUUUCUUUCAUCCCGCCUUUUCCGAACCAAAUAAAAAAUAAACCAGAUGAGGACGACGCCGAGAAGGACGGUGGAGUGUCGGUAGCCAGCGCCAGUCCACUGCCGGCACCGGAAAUCACCGAACAGAUCAUAAAAUCUCCUCCGGAACCAACGCGAGUCAAGUCGCCGGAGCAGAUCAUUAUGCGCUCGCCGGAUCCAGUCAACUGGACCGUUCCGCUGGACACCGGAAAAACGUUCACUGUCACCCAGAACGUGAGAGAAGGUGAGUCCGCGACAGCGCUCAACCUUUUGUGUCCAGGUGAUCCUAUGAUUCGACCUCAUAGCGAAAUCAAAGCUUCUACCCCAGUGGAUCAUCCACCACCAGCGCCACAAUCAGCACCGCCAGAGCUUGCAGAACAAUCCAAAAUGCCUAAUAGUAAACUAGAUCCCAACUCCAUCAAAGAAUCCGAGGAUGAGGAUGAAGAUGUGUUGAAAUCGAAAUCGUCCGCCACAUCAUCGGCGAAUCCUGUGUCGGUAGCCCAACCGAUGGCUAAAACUUCGGUCAUUCCGGUUACCCAGGUAGAUCCUGUCCCAGCUCCAGCAGCAGCAGCACAAAACACUUCGGAACCACGGUAUGACAAACCGGUUCCCGGUUCGACGCUCCGAUGUCUGGAUGAUCCGGCCUUCGAAUCCGACAUCAACUCGCCAGUAGGGAGCCGAAAUGUGACGUCCGAUGUGCUGGACAAGGCACGUGACCGGUUCGAUCGCUUCUGGGGUAAUCCGGACGGGGAUAAACCGGACGAGUCCUAAAGAGCAGUAGGUACUAAGAGCUUGUUUUAACUGACUAGGAUAUUUUCGCUGCAUCAUUUGGCAUUGUAAGCUAGCCAAAACCAAACAUCUAAAGUAACAUUUCAGACGGUUUUCAAAUGUGCUUGCACGGGUUGCAUGCCGGAAACCCGUACUAGUGGUUACUUUCAGUGAUUGCUUUAAUAAUUUGAUAUCUACUCUACAUAAAAUUGCGACAGCAAAAAAAAUUAUUAACAAAUCACAGGCACUGUUUAUCACAUCGUCGUGACAGGGUAGACUUAGGAUGUUAAACUAUACUAAACCAGUUCAUUGCAUAGUUUUCGCCAACUGAGCGGGCCCCGACUACAGGGAAAUGGGGAUCGAGCAAUUCCAUAUAUUUCACUUUUCAGUCUUGUUAUCUAAUAUUUAGACGCAACGGAACAAGGAACACGGUUUUGACAGACAGGCGGCUAGAUAGCGCAGCACUCGAACGGCAAAGAAGUAAUAAAUAAUAAUAAUAAUAAUAAUAAUAAUAAUAAUAGGAGAAGGAAAAACAUACACAUCCACCAGUUUCUUCACGGCCUCAUGAAAUCGCUGAACAAGUUAGGCUAAUUGAGUCUAACCUAAGCUGGACACAUUUAGGAUUAUAAUAGACAUGGAAAAAUUAUCAUUUUAGUUAUAGUAAUUUAUAGGUACUACGAGCUUGGUAGUGCGCUCUCAGGGAAUACAUUGUUCUCGGUCUUAAGUUGAUUUGCACUUUGGGGACUCAGAAUAAAGCGUACAUUUGUUUGGAAGCACUGAAGCAGUGAAGAGCCGAAUGAUUGUUGGAAGCGUCAAAUGUUCUUGAUAUACAGGGUUGGAUAUCACACACUCUACCAGAAUAGUAAAAACACCUCAAUUGUUCGAUACCUUCAAUACACCUGAAUUAUUCGCAUUGGCCUUUGUUAUUAUACCCAUUUAUCUUAUUCGUUAAUUAGAUACAGCUUCGACGCUCAGAAUAUAAAAUUCACCUGUUUGAACGUUCGUCACCAGCCAUGUGGUCUGCCAUACUUUACACUCAGACAACGUACAGAACCUAUGAAAAUCAGAUUGCAGCAACCUGCGAGCAACUAAUCCUUUUUGAACAGUGCAAAAUCUGUUCAAGACAGCUUUUUCGUAUUUUAAGCAAUUAUGUUUAUUGUAAACAGGUUACUCCUGAGAUUCAUGUAGUCCGCUUGUCGUUUUCGUCAACACUUUGUUCACAGCUGCUGUCUUGGAGAUUGUUAAUUGUUUUCAUUACUGUCCUCGGUUUGCGAAUCCGGUAACCAGCUUCCGUGUUUCCUGUCAUCUCGUUGGUGGCGUUGGCUGUUGCCACAAGAGCGCUGGACGUAGUCAGCAUUUUGUUUAGCGGCUGUUACCACUUUGACAACAGUUUGUGAUUUAUCUUAAUAUGCUGCAGUCUCUGAAUUUGUUUUUUUUUGCAUUCUGUGGCUUUGACCAGCACUCUGCCACGCAGGGUUUUCCACAGUGUAUAUUAAUUACAGAACUGACACGUGGGAGACUGAUUGUCAUUGGCACAUAGAGUAUAAUGAGAAUACGCUGAGGUAGGUUGCAAGGCCAUUAGGAAGUAAUUCAAAUGCAUUCGCACCACUCGAGUCCUGUUUAGAAUGCCUAGAAUGCCGUUUAAUGAAGUCUUAAUUAGUGGUGUAUCCGGAAUAUCUUACCUAAACACGGGAAUCUUGAAUCUAACACUGAUAUACUUAACAAUAAUGUUUCAUGUUGCUACGUGAAACAAAGGGUUCAUGUUUGUCUUCAAAUCCUAUCAAUACAGCAUUUCUAAUAAGAUUGAACUGAAUUAUAUGAAAUUUACACGCAUUGAAUUCCUCAGCAAAAGCUCCAAUUUACGAAUAGGGUCUGGUUAUGACGCCCCUAAUGUUCAAAUUCUUCUUGCGAAUUAUUAAUCCUCAACCCUCAUACAUAAUUCAAAAAUCAUCAUUCACUCAGACAAGACCAUGUGUAUUUCCCACUCGCAUUAAAUACCUAGUGGAUUAGAUUUCUAGUUGGUCAAAUAAACACUAAACAAACAAAUUAGUUUACUCAGUCUAAAGAAAUGUCAGCUUGAUUGGCAUCAACCGGCGGAGACGUGUUCCCUUACAAUGUCAUCAAAUCAAUGAACAUUUAGAAUUGCAUACGACAAAAUAUGUGCAAUAUGAGAAACAAUGUCAUUGCUUCACAAACUUGCUUAUCUGGUCAUGCCUUAAUUCGUAGCGUCGAAAAAAUCUUAACCAAGCUUACCAGUAUCGAAACUUUUUUCAGUUGUAUGCGUCCUAGUAGUUUCCGUCGCCUCUGCAUGAUGAAUCGGUUUGAUAGCGGCAUUAUCUGCUUCCAGAAAUUGUUUUAUAAGAAAAUUCAAGUACUCGUUAGUCCUCUAAUAAUAAAAACUUUUACCAGUUUCCGAUGAUUUUUCUUUGCAAAAAUAACGUGCAAUUGUUUUUUGGACAUGUUUUUAGUUCCAAAUAAAUUUUGAAGCGACACAAAUCAUUUUUAAUUUAUUGGGAGCUUUCGGAGAGUUGCGUACUACGCCAAAACUAAGCUAACCUAGGGACAAAAAAUUUUGCGAUACGAGAGUUCUAAUGGCGAUUUCGCUUGAACCUGAAACUGAGUCAGUUCCUAACCCCAACCGCUGUCAGUUCAUACAUUUUGACAGCGGUUGGGGUUAGGAACUGACUCAGUUUCGCCUCAAACAAAAACCACAUAAGUAAAUGUAAUGCUCCUCCCAAAUGUAUUUGACGUAUUAAAACGAUCAGAAAUUCACUUGCAAAUCAGAGUGGGCUGGAUGUUGUUGGGUCGAAUCAAAACUUGUCGAAAGUAAACAAAGUUCAUUCGGUAGCAUCGAACUGGCGCCCAGGUGGCGAAAUCGUUAGAGUUCAACGGGGUACUGGAGCGUUGGUGGUGGAAACAAAAUAAAAUUGACAACGCUAGCAAAAUGUAAACACAAAUGAACACUCCGGAUGAAUCUAUCGUCAAUUGACAUUUCGACGAGUUUUGAUUCGAGCCAAUAAUAUGGGCCCGAUUUCUGACAGCUCAUUUGCAACCGCAGGUGCAAAGUCAAACCAAAGGAGUUUGUUUUGUUUUCCUCAUGUGAUUCCUAACCUCCACCGGUUUUGAAAGCGCAAUUUUUUUGUUUUUCUUACGAAAUAAUUUCUUUUUUUUACAACAGGAAUAGAAAGAUCACUUUAGUGAGCAGAUGCCCGGUUAAACCAUUCGGAAUGUGAUUUGGAAUCCUGAAUGGAGUCAGUAUGGAUUCCAACUGAAACGCAACAACCGAUGCUGAGUCGGAAUCGGUUGUUGCUUUUGAUUUGGAAUCCAUACCGACUCCAUUCAGAAAUCCGAACCGGUACCGGAAUGAGUUUAACUGGACGAUAGCUUCUUCCAGUGAGUGUCUCAGUGAUCCCAGCUCAGCACGCCACUCAACAAAAUUUUUCAGCCCAAUGCGGGACGUAUGUGGCUGUGACAUAUAGGUCCAAAGUAAAAUGAUUCGGCCCAACAAAGAACGUCGGCUGGGCAUGUUUUUGUUGGAGCUUUCGUCAUCUGAUCCGAAAUAUUCUAGUAGUUGUUAACUCGAAAAUAUGUGUUUGCUGCUUGGUUUCUUAACAAAAAUCUGUCAUCUGUGUACACAGAUGCGGUGAUGGAAAUCUUGGAAAAAAUACUGAAAAUACUGUAACCCUUGGACCAGGUCGUUUCUUCCAAUUGAUUAAUUGUUUGUUCUUUUGCCCACAAUAACUACACUAGUAGACCAUCGAGUCAAAUGAACAUAUGGGUCAAAUAUGAUAUAGUUCAAAAAAUCACCACUAGGCGGUGAUUCAAAUUGUCACUGGUAGUUUUGUGCCAGCCCUCUAUCAUGGACGGUAUCUCUGUACAACCAACAUCGCUGUCAUAAAAAUAAAACAAUUUUAAUCGAUAGAAUCAAAUACAAGCUGCAAAACGUCGUUUGGAAUACUUGAAUAUCGUGCAAUACGCCAAAUAAUAGUUUGUUCGGGGCUUUAUCUAAGAGUAGAGAAGACACGCGAUUGUCUAUUUGAUUGAGUCCUAACCUCAAUAUUGAAUUGUUCGUGAUUGGUCGUGAUUUCUGGAUAAAGACUCGACACGUCAAUCGUUUGUUUACCAUUUAUCUGUCAGUGUCAUUCCAAUCGAGCACGAGACCUGUCAAUGGCCCUCGUUCCAGAAGGAUUCGAAGCGAUUUUCUUCAGAUUGCGGGCUUUUGACAGGUCUCGUGCUCGAUUGGAAUGACACUGAUAAAAAAUAAGAAUAAGAUAGAGUUGGCGAGUCUUUAUCCAGAGGGAUUCAGCGUCUUUAGUCAAGAACGUUCAUAAUAUUUACAAACGAGACGAAAAACAUGAACUCAAUUGCCAACAAUAUUCGUGUCAUUUGUUUCGGAUUCGCCCGAAACUGAGUUAAAUUCUAACCGAGGAAUUGGCCGAAUUCGAUCAUCAUUCCCGGGGAUAAACGGUUUCCAACAUAAAUUUUUGGUUUUGUCAAACUGCAAAUGGCGUGAAUAUCAAUGAAUGGAACAUUUCAAGCUGUAAUCAUCUGAGCUAAAAUGCUCGAAAAAUGUUCAACGAGUAAACAAGCUGUGUUAGAAUUUAAAAGCAAUUCGAACCAAGUUUCUUUUACUGGGUAGAAUCGAAUAUUUUCUAUGUCGUAGUAAACAAGCUCUCUCAACUGUCAGAAAAGUGAGGUUAUACAUUUUUAUGCAAUUUUCUAUUAUUAUAUUCUAUUAUUAUAUUAUUAUAUUUUCUAUUAUCUGUUAUACCAGAUAUUCUAUUAUACGGGAUAAGAUAUUUACGGUAUGUACAUAGGUAACGCGAGCGUUUUGGUGUUAUGAUUGAGGUGAUCGACAUGGCGUAAAUACUCCAUCGCUUUCCUAAAAGCAGAUCAGGAAAAAAACAAGAUUGACUAAAAUAAAAUCUGUGUCUGCAAGUUAAUACUUUCAAACCUUUUUAGGUUUUCAGAUGGUACGCCGUUAUUUGACAUCUAGGAAACAAACAGUUCCCGAUCAAACCAUUCGGAAUUUGAUUUGGAAUUCUGAAUAGCCCGACUCAAUCGGUUUCGGAAACGGUUCUUGCAUUUGAGCUGGAAUCCCACUUUUUAUCAUUAUGGGUAGGGGAAUGAUAGUUUCUGGCAUUAAUGAUAUAGGACAGUCGUUUUAUUUUAUUUGUUUCAUGAUAAAUAUUACAUGUUUUGGUAUUAUAGCUAACGAAUAAUGCUCAUUUCGAGUGGUAUAGCUACCGCUCAGGAAAAUAUCGAAUAAACGGGUUUUAAUAAGCAUUAUCAGAAGCGCGCGUUUUGGGCGAAACGAUAGUCUGGCCGCCGCGUGCAACUUGGGAUCAAGACGGUGAAGGUGGUUGGCUGGUGGGCGUUACUGCUUUCACCCCGGUUCAAUCCCUGCCGAGAUCGUUGGAAUGUUUCAAUGGGAAAAAUUGCUGAUCCGUCGGAUGGGAACGAGGAAAGUAAAGUUGGUAAUCUUAGCCGGUGUACUGAUAGCCAGGAAUAAGGUCCAGACGGUAGCGAUGGCUAACUGGAGUCGCACAGUGGAACCAAUCCAAAAAACUGGGACGAAACCAUUAAUUGUAGCCUUUGGAUGCCGUUUUAGAGCCACAAUUUAUUCACAGAAUAUGUUCACAAUGUUAUGCUACAACGACGAAAAAAAUGAUUAGGCUUCAGUAGAUGGUGCGGAAGAAAGUUAACCGAAAAUAAGAAUAAAAAAAAAUUUGGAUUGCCAAGAGUUGAAUAUUGAAAAAUGAUUUGCCACUCCCAUUUACCGAUUAUCGGAUAAAUAUCCCACGUUAUGUUGCCUCCUCGGUUCCCACGUUAUGUUGCCUCCUGGUAAUAAGUAGUCUUUUUCAAUACUGACAAAUUUCUGAUUUUUGUGGGUAACGUAACUUCAGAAUAAUUGUUAUAUUCCGUUCUGUUUAGCAUGAAUUCGUAUUUUAUCCGCCAAUUUUUGAAAAUAAAGUUUUCUAUCAAAUCGAGUACUGCUGAAAAAUUCGAAUAAAAUAUAACAAAUCUUUCCGACCUCAACCCAAAUUUGCUCGAAUUCCAACCAAUUUGAUGUAACUGGCAACUUUGUCACUCUAUGUUCGAAUCAACAAAUUACACGCAUUUUUUUUUUGAAAAGGGCCAAUAAGCAUGCUGUCAAAAUCCAUUUUGGGAGGAAAUUCUAGAAAAACGAAUAAUCGCCGAUUAUAAAUCACAGCAGCAAACGAAAGAGAAAACUUUUCUCUUUCAUGAAACGUUAACAUCCAGUCUCGACGAAUUACGGUUUGUCUGGAGUUUUCUCUCAAAGUGAAUUUUGACAGUAUGCUUAUUGGCCAUUUACAAAAAACACGCGAGUUUACAAAAAACGUUUAAUGUAUGUUUUUGUUUUUAUUAUUGUCGCGCUUAUAAUAAAAUCUCACAUUGCGGGCGUCUGAAAGGCGCAUCAAAUAUAGCCGCAGUUGCUCCGCAAGCAGAUUUCAGUGGAGCUUUAUUUUUCUGCCAGCUGUGUGCUUUUCGAAAGCUUCAAGGAAAAAGCUGCCUAUACAUUUAUAUAGGCGGCUGUCACGCGCCUAUCUCAAUUGAGCUUUCAUAUAAUCGCAUAUCGAGCGAUUAUCCUGCAAGGCACAAUAAAGACGCUGAAUCCCUCUGUAUCAACGAUGCCAGAUGGGAAGACAUGUUUUCAUUUUGAAGACAUUUUAAAGGUUGUGAAGACGGGUGUAUCAUUUUGAAGACAACUUUUUUCGGAUGUAGACUGAUUUCUGGCACAAUUCCGGCUCAAAAUCAAAAACUGAUUCGGAACCUUGUUCGGUGACGACAAAUGAAGACAUUUGUUUAUGAAAUGUGAAGACAUUUGAAUAAUAUACCUAGUAUCUCUGCUCUGGAUAAAGACUCGCCAUCGCAUCUUUUUCUUAUUAUUUAUCUGUAAGUCUCAUUCCAAUCGAGCACGAGACUUGUCAAAGCAUUCAAACCGAAGAAAAUCGCUUCGAGUCCUUCUGAAACGAGGUUCAUUGAGAGGCCUCGUGCUCGAUUGGAAUGACACUGACAGAUAAAUGGUAAACAAACGAUAGACGUGUCGAGUCUUUAUCCAGCGAGAUUCAGUGUCGUUAGUUUCGAUUUGUUCCUGCAGUUUAGAGUUGAUGUUUAUAGAGAUACACGAAGACUGAAGCCGAAAGUUCCAAUCUAACCCAUAUACAUACUUCAUAUACAUACAUACUAAUCAAUUUUCAUGAUGCAAAUAAUAUACGAGUAAAUUUAAACACAUUGAUAAUUACAAAGCCAUUGACCGACUGUUUGAUCCCUCAUUUUAUAUAGCUGGUAGAUGCAAAGUCUGAAAAUUAUAAACAUAUCGACUCGUUUUCUUCUAAUAUCGCGACAUUCGUCAUAAAUAUUAAUGGCAUCAGCAUUGUGGCAAUAUUGCUAUUACUCGUCAACUGCAUUCUCUAAUAUAUCCUCUCUAGGGCAACGAAAGACCUGUAGACAGGCUCAGUGACAUAAAUCAAUGCGUUCCGAAUUGCUCGAUUGAGUAUUUUGCAUAAUAUUUCGAAAAAAGAAUUCGUCAAGCAUUCAUUAAAACUACAUAAGUCAUUCGUUGUUUACAUAAUAUUCCUGGUUGCCAAAACUAGCAGGCAAAAUAACUUUGUAAACCGUGCAGCCAAAUUUGCGGUUCUUCUCUCCGCGUGUCUUUAUAUUUAAAGCAUCGUCUUUGCUGCAGUAGCAGGAAAUGUUUUGAUUUCUUCGAGCACUGAAACUGUCAAAACGUAAAUUUUGAGCAGUUCAUUCUCAAGCUUUGUUGGAAAUGUCAAACCAUUCCGAAUUACUCAGAACCAUUAAACAUAGGAUAAUUUUGUCAAAAAAAAUCACAGAGUUCGGGUCCCCUCGAGGUAACUCGCGUCUAAGAAAUUCCGAUUCGUAAAUAUCUCGAACCGAUGUAGGAUUCGAAAUAGGAAGACACUUAAACAAUCAUUUCGCUCUUCACUGAAUUAAGCUAACCAAAUGAUAAGAAUAGAGCAGAAAAUCGAUUUCAAUAUCUAUUUUAAAUAGAGCGAACUGUCUAGAAACGAACCUAUUUUCUGUCCCUAAACUACAAGGACGAAGGUAGCGUAGAACAAACCUUACACAGAAAGUGAGCUCAUGGUCAGUGUACUAAAAAUAAAAUUAAUCGCACUCCGGCAAUUAGUGGUGACGAUAACGACAGUACCGUCAGUAAUUAGCAACAGAAAAAAAAGUGAAGAUGAACAAAGCAAAUUGUUUGAGUUCCCCCGUCACGCGCGAGUAGUAAUAGUAAAUGUACGAGGCUCCGAGGACGAAACGGUGCUCAUGACACACCCCGAGAAAUCCAUAAAAUGUUACCAUAAAAGGGCAAACAUACUCGGUACUCGUACUAACCACCGCGCGUUUCCAUUGAAGAUUUUUUUUCAAUGGACACACGUGGAAUGAAAUCGAACAAUUAUUUAAUUAACGAAUCGCGCGGACCUGUGUGUCAUAGGUAAUCCAUGUAAGUGAUAAUUUGCAUAGAAAUAGUAACAUUUCGUCACCCAUCCAGCAUUGGGCUCAUCUUGCAGCCAAACAUAAAACGAAGUGUAGCAAGUGCAUAAACUGAACGCGUUAAGUGACAGCUAUAGCGCCAGAACCCACACCUCGGAUUAUAUGCAUAAAAAAGUAUAGCAAGCCACAGAAAAUAACUCAUAUAACAAACAAACAAACAAAAUUAAAAACAAACACAUCAUCCGUCUACAUUUUUAUCGUCGUCGCCGUCAGGGCAAUCAGCGCUUUUUGCGGACAGAAUUAUUUUCGACAGAGACCACUUUGCAAAGUAAAUUAAAAGUUGCGGUUCCAUUUUCCUGCAAUAUUUUUUUUUUUUGGAGUACACUCACAUACACGGUAGCAAUCAGGUCGCAGCUUUUGAGCCCUCAUCCAAGCAACAAGGCAGGAAAUUAAUGCAUCAAAACACGCCGCUAAAUAGUAGGUCAGUCGUCAGUCGGCUUAGGUCUAAAACAAAACAAAAAAUGGCCCGUCCAUUUUUGUAUAGGUCAUUUGUUCGCUUUACAUCAACUUGUCAGAGAUAUAGAUUUUUUGCUAUGUUGCGCCGAACAGAUAAGGAAACAAAACAGUAAAUCACACGGAAACCGUAGUCCUUUUUUGUGCUUGUCGCUUUUUAGACGAAAUUUUUCCAUCAAAUUAGAAAAGUUGAGAUAGCAGUCGAGGAAGGGUAGAGGAAGGCAAUUCCAGCUCGCCAUUUUGUGCUGUAUUUAGCAGUGUGAUAAAGAAUUAACUAAAACAGCAAACAGAAAACCGCGCCAGUGUAGAUUUUUUGUAUACGAUCAUGCGAAAAGCACUGCAGGUUAAAACGAAUCCAUGUCAAUAGAGAAAGGUAAGUCUUUACAAAAAAAAAACAAAACAAAUUUCACAAAAAAUAACUCAUAAGAAAAAAAAAUUACUCCAUCUUGCUGAUUAGUUACAGGGAAAUUGUUCCCAAAACGGGACAAAGGAAUUAGUUGAGUUCUCACUUCACAAGAGCAGUGUUGCCAGCCAAUGGCUGGUGAGGGGAAAGUCCGGAGAAACCUGGAGAAACCAUUACUCGUCAACCACAGCUGUUGAUAGUAAACAAAGGGGAGGAGCUUUCUCUUUCGUUAAUAGCUGCGAACUACGUUUGUCCAAUGGGACAUUGCAAGAUGACAUGAGUAAAAAUGCUCGAAAACAUGACAAUUCAGCGAUAUAGUUUACAGGGUGUUAGAAUACGAACUGAGUUUCUUGUGCGGGGUGAAAUCAAAAAUUAUCUAAAUCCAUGUACACGCUUCUGAGUUGUCAGAAAAGUGAGGUUACACAAUUUCAUGUAAUGUUCUAUAAUGAUUUCUCCGGAGUUUUCACUCAAAUCGAAUUUUGUCAGUUGAUUUUCAUACUUUAUGGGAUUUCUUUACCCACGCGUUAAUGAAACAAUCGUUUCGAAGUUAUUCGAGGUUUUUACAUACAAGUCGAGGAUGGUAUCUACCAAUAAAACGAUUAGUUAAAUUCCAAAUCAAUCCCGGUAGCACUGCCCUUGUGAAAAGCACAAAAAUAAUUCCAAUUCAGAAAAUUCAUCGUGAUAUUUCAGCAACAUCCAUUUCCAUUUAACCCCGAAAAUAAUCGUUUAUAAACUAUAAACAUAAUUUUAGUUCACCGUUCACUCACCCGCACCAUCACGAAGCAGCCGUUAGUUAGGAAACCCAAUUCAUCGGAAAAUAAAAUUCACUCAAGCAAACAAAAUAAAACUCAUGAAUCGUGAACCACAGAGCAAUAGAAAUAAACUCAAACUCAAACAAAAAUGCUCGCCACCAUCGCACGGAACGGGUCCACUAUAAGGAUAGGCCACCUGGUCGGCCCAGUCGAAAUACCAGCUCGGAACGGGAUUUGCUUUUGUUGUUGUUUUAGGUUUUCGUUUCGAAAGCUGAGCGCCUAGCGAUAAUUUCGGUGGCAAAAGCAGCAGAUGGCGGUGUAAAAACAAAAAACGAACGAACAAUAUUUUAAACAAUUACUAAAGUACUAACACAUUUGCUAGAACUCAACACUUAUCUUAAACGAGACCCCGAGGACGUGUCGUCUUGGUGGGAGGGGUGAAGGCGGUCGGUAAACAAAAGAAACAAACUCUAUUUAAAGGCAAACAAGUCGCAUUUACGUGUUACUUAAAAACGAAGAUUAAAGCAAAAAACACACACACACACUCACACAAAAUUUAACCUGUUGUUCGUCACUAGUGUUAAAAUUGUAUUGCAAAACAAAGCAAGCGAUGGCAGGAAAGGUAUUCAGAACGGAAAUGCAGCGCAUGACAGAUUGAUUGUUUCUCGCUUUGUGAUAUAUGGUAAAAAAAAUAAUUGUUUUGUCAGGUUUAGCAAGAGGAUGUAGUGAUUGGAUAAAUCAAAAAUGCAAGCGAUAAUUGGUAAACUAUCGGUUAUUGGGUCGGCGGUAAUUGAAAGCGAAAUUCAAAGAGUGCGGAAUGCUAUGUUUGAUCAGUUGAGACUCAGUGCAGUUGGUUUUCGAAUAAUACGAUCUAAUGCUUACACGACCCAUACUGUCUAACUGUUGCAAAUGUAUUACCCGAAACAGAAAGAUCUCAUAACCUAUUCGUUGAUGUUAGUUUCGCCAUAUAGUGAUUGAGUGUCACAGUGGAAGCGUUUUAUGUGUAGCGGUUUUUAUUUCGGAACCAGUCUCAUUCACGGAUGGCUGAUUUUUUGGAAGUUUGUACUGGAAUCGAACAGUGAAGCGUAGGGAAGGUAAAAUGCAGGAUUCUGGUUUGUGAUUAAAAACCAUUUUUAUGAAAUUUUAUAGAACUUUAUUACUAGUUGUACGAGAUUUGAUUCUUAUAGAAGGUUAAACCAAUUUAAAAUAGGAUUCAACGAAUUGGCACACCCGGUGUUUGGAUUUGGUUUCCCAUACGUAUAAUUUCUACUUUAAAGAACAAAAUACUAAUCGAAAUUGCUUGAAUUUAUGACAACGCUCGAGAAUUGUACUAUUUGUACGGUAAUUGUGAAACGAUGUUCAGCGUCAAUAAGGUGAAAAAUAUACACAUUUAAUCAGGAAGUCACUUUUAGUUACUUCAAUAAUUUAUAUGCUACUACUAUUAAUUACCAAAAAUGGAAAAUAACAAUAAAAAUCGCUGAAAUAAAGAUAGAUUUUAAAGUCAAUAACUCUA